GAAAAAGAAAUCAUAGCAAAGUCUUCUCUUCCCCUAAAAAAAAACCAAUUUCUUUUUACAUUUUUAAAAAUUAUUUUUCUUAAUAUAGGAAUCAGAUUCACAAUGAAUUCUUUUUUAUUAGAAAGAUCUAAUUUCAUUUAUUUGACCCACUGCUGCUAGAUUUAUUGCCUGCUUUUGAAAAAUUUAGACCUUGCCUUCUGGGCAACAUUUAUAUCUACCUUUAGCGCCACAUUCAAUUCUCUCUCUCUCUCUCCAUUUGACUUGUAUUCUUGAUUUCUUUUUAGUAGAAAGACAACUAAAUUAAACUUCAGUUUCCAUCUAAAGCUCAUAGCCCAUUCAUAUCCACAACCCUCUCGUGUCAUUAAAAAUCUUAAAAAUUUAACUUCUGGGUUUCCUGGAUGGCUUCUUGAAUUCGUCUCCAGCAGCAGAUGAGGUUCUUGAUAUAAAGCUGCAAUCUUGGUGAGUUAUUUGUUUCACUUCAGUCUUUUUCUUGGAAAAAAUGAAGUGGGUUUUUCUUCAAAACAAAGAAAACACAAUUUUUUCUCCUUCACAGGACCCUUAUUUUCUUCCACAGCCACCUCCACAUCUUGAUUCUGAUACUGGUUUUAAUCUAAAUAACAAAAUUAGCCCUAGUGUACUGCUUAUUAUUGUAAUUCUUGCUAUCAUUUUCUUUGUUUCUGGUUUACUUCACCUUUUAGUGAGAUUUCUUUUAAGACCACCAAACAGAGAGAAUGAUGAAUUAGACAAUGUAACUGCUCUUCAAGGGCAAUUGCAACAACUAUUUCAUCUUCAUGAUUCUGGUGUUGACCAAUCAUUUAUAGACACUCUCCCUGUUUUUCACUACAAAUCCAUUAUUGGACUAAAAAACCCAUUUGAUUGUGCUGUUUGUUUGUGUGAAUUUGAGGAUGAAGAUAAACUUAGGUUAUUACCAAAAUGUAGUCAUGCCUUUCACAUGGAGUGUAUAGACACUUGGUUAUUGUCUCACUCUACUUGCCCUCUUUGUAGAGGAAGUCUGCUUCCUGAUUUCUCUUCAAGCAAUAGCUGCUCUCCUAUCGUGCUUGUUCUUGAAUCUGGUAGUGAAAGUUCAAGAGAGAUUGGAAUUGAUAGGGAAAACCAUAUUGGUAGAAGUAACUCUGUUUUGAAUUCAAGUUCCCAUGUGGGUUUCAAUGGAGAAAAUGAAUUGGGAUCUUCAAGUAAGGAAAUUUCAUAUAAAUCAAGUGAAAUUUUGAUAAAAGAGGAGUCUUUACCUAAAAUGGUUGAUUUAGGGGGGAAAGUUGUUCCUGUUAAAUUAGGGAAAUUUAGGAAUGUUGAUAUCGGUGAAGGAAGUAGUAACAGUAAUGUGGAUGAGAGGAGGUGUUUUUCUAUGGGUUCAUUCGAGUAUGUAAUGGAUGAGAAUACUUUAUUGAAAGUUGCUAUUAGGACCCCAAUGAAGAAACAAUCAAGCAAGAAACCUUCUCUGCCUUUAACACCAGGGCAUAGGCCUGCAAUGUCUGAGUGUGAUUGUGAAUCAAGAAGAGAAUUCCAUGGAUUUGAAGGAAUUAGAAAUGUAGAAAGUAAUGGGAAUGGGAAUGAGAAUUCUAUUGUUGCUAGGAAUGGAAAUUCCAAGAAAGAAAGCUUUUCUAUAUCAAAGAUUUGGCUUAGAGGAGAAAAAGAAAAGAAUAAACCAAGCGGGGAUUCAACGAGGAGGGCUUUUUCGUUUCGGUUUCCGGUUAAUAACAAAAAUGUGGGUUGUGGUGAUGAUUUGAAGUUGAAAAAUGGGAAUGUCGAUGCAAGGACUAAUUCAGAGAUAGGAAGUUCUAGAUGGGAAUUUGAUGAGGAAAAUCAGAGUUUUAAUGAAAAAACUCCUUCAUUUGCUAGAAGAACUUUGCUAUGGCUUGUGGGGAGACAAAACAAGGUUGUUCAUUCAUCAUUUACACCUAAUAUGUAGUUUCUUUUCGAUUUUUUUUUCUUGGAUAUUGUUAUUUUUUCUGGGAAAAUUUUCUUCUAUUCAAUCAUUUUGUCUAAGGCAGAAUCGGAAUAUAUCUCUAGUUGGAUAAAAAAAAAAUAAAAGGAAAGAAAGCAUACAAUUGAAGCAUUUGCAUUUCAUAGUGCUUGUUGUUUUCAUAUCAAAACAGGAAUUUUCU